CGCUGGUGAACAAAAGCCUCUCUUGAAUUUCAAUCACUUUGGCUUCCAUCAUCACAAUGUCUCCUCCCACCGACCCUGAAGCUACUGCUCCCCACCGUCGAUUCUCUGUUCGAACUCUCUUCAGCUCCACCCGCCAUAUCUUCUAUGUGGUUCUCUUCACACUCUGGAUUUGUAUCGACAUUGCCUUGCUUGGUCUUGUAUCUGAGCAGAUUCACAAGUACGGUCGAUACCGAGAAAACUAUCCUACUGCCCAAUACCAGAACGCCCUGGGCUUGCUUCUUUUCUCCACCAUUAUUGGUCUUCUCUUCGGUAUCUUCCACUGGGCUUUGGGACUCACUAUGUACCUUCCCAUCUUCCUUGCCUUCGGCGUUUGGUUUGGAACUGGUGCUGGUAUCCUGGAGCCCACUCCAUUCGGCCAUGGUUUCCAGUGCCGACACACUUGGGAUUUGAGCAGAUUCCCCGCUAAUUGGCAACCUUACGUUGGUGAAUGUAGUCGAGUCACUGCCAUUGAAGGUCUCGCUUGGGCUAUGUUUGCUCUCUCGGUCUUCGGCUUGUUCUGGGUCAUCGCGGACAAGUACAACUUCACUAGCAAGCGAUCAUCUGUGUACGAGCUGGCUGAGCAGGGUGAACCCAUCGCAGAGAAGCAUUAGAGGGUCAUGGUCGUUAUAUAGAGUUUUUAUUUAUCCCACAUUAUAAUAUUUAUGGUUAUUUUGGUGAAGUCUCAUGCAUGCGUUCACCGAAGACCU